UGGCAAAAGAAAGUUGAAGCCUUCCGGAAUUUGAAUCGACUAAACCAGGAGCAUAUUGUUCGGUUUGUUACAGCUUUUAGGCAUCAAACAAGCGAUGGUAAAGCGAAAUUUUUUCUAAUGUUCGAAUGGGCAGACGGCGGAAAUCUCUUUGACCUAUGGCAAAGAAUGCCAUCACCUAUUCUAGCAGCAAGACUUGUCAAAGAUGUCAUUCAACAGAUCCUUGGGCUUGCUAAAGCCCUAGAAGCUGCUCAUAGCUUAAAUAAGACCGGGGUUUCAUAUCGACAUGGGCAUAUAAACUCGAGAGAUAUCCUUGUUUUCCAUAAUAACCGAGGACUGAUAGGCACGUGGAAGUUUGAUGGCUGGGGCGAGGCAAGGAAACACGAUGGGGUCGUAGAAAUGCGCCCUAUCGAAACACGAAUGAGACAUGGCAUCCAACGCUACGAAGCUCCAGAGGCAGUAAUAGGACUUAGGUCUCACUUUUUCGACGACGCAGUAAGUCCUUCUCGACGAAGUGAUAUAUGGUCUAUAGGCUGUGUUAUCCUAGAGAUUAUUAUUUGGCUCUUAUAUGGGGAGUACGGAGUUGAUCAGUUCCAAAGAGACUUGGAGCACAGCUGCUUCUAUCAGAUCUCUGAAAUUGAUGGACGAAGGCUUGCUAGGGUACAUGACGUUGUGGAGCGUUGGAUGAAUCAAAUGGAGAAAGACCCUAGGUGUAAGGUUGACACUACGGCUAUCGGGGAUCUUUUGGAGAUUGUGCGAACAGGUUUACUCGUUGUGAAGCUUCCA